GCAAAUUGUGCGCACCUUGUAUAUUUUACAACGAUUACCUGUGUGAUACUACAUCCUUCACCCAUACAUAAACACCACAUCAUGUUACUGAUAUUGAUGAGUGCCUUUAAAAAUGUCACACUGGGCGAAAGAACAACAAUUUCCGCGCAUUCUCUCGUCAAAUUCCCGACGAAGCAGAACGGAAAUUCCGCCAUCUAGAUGUUUUGCAGAUCGGUUGAAUAGGCCCAGGGACAGAAAUAUCAGCUGUUGACUGUCUAAUGUCCAACUAGUGUUUAUUCCGCAGCAGUGUCCCGAAUAUCUGCGGAUUUCGACGUUAUAUGAGUGAGUUGAAGGCCACGGGUGCUGUGAGGAUAUUCUGUUAGGACGUGAGGAAGGUGACUAGGGACAAAAAUGCCAAAGGUGUUCAGAAGGGCAAGGGGGCCAAACUGGAGCUUGCUCCCCGACAGCAUUCUCCUUCAUAUCUUCACAUUUUUGGAUUAUUCAGACAUACCAUAUGUGGCCCGUGUAUGCAAGUCAUGGAUGCAGGUAUCGUAUGAUGAAUUCCUCUGGAGACACUAUUUUUAUAAAGAUUUCCAGGUUGAUCCAAGUGUUCCCAUUAUGCCAGGUGCUGUGUCUUGGCGUGCAGAAUAUGAACGUUUAGUUGAAGAGACACCUGUAGUUUUAAUGCAGGAGAUAUCAGAACACAAUCACCAAGUUCUUCAUGUGUCAUUUUCGCAUAAAGGGGACGUAUUUGCCACUUCUUCCAAGGAUGGAUAUAUCAUUGUAUGGACCAGCACACACCCAGCCGAAGUCAAAUACUAUAGGGAUAUGAAACUACAUUCUUGGAAAUACACUCAAUUUUCACAGUUUAACAGUUCAGACACUUUGCUGUUGGUGUCAGGUGUUCAUUUCGGAAACUACAACAGCACAUCUGGAGAAAUAGCAGUCUUCAAUCUAGAAAAGGACUUUCAGCUGCAAUGCCGCGUACUCAACAAGCCGUACGAUAUUUUUGGUACUUGGUACAAUGAUCAAUAUUUAAUCUCUGGUGACCUUCAUUGGCUAGCACACCUGGUAAGCGCAAGUGUCAUUUGGCUCAACAAAGCUUAUCAGGAGAACAGUUCUGAGCACCAUGCCAUCAUCAGCAGGUUAUACAAGUUCUAUAAUCGCAAUGCAUCGAGCGUUCGCACAAUUUUGGUGGCCAACUGCCUUACUCAGGACUCACCAAAGGCCUCCGUGCCUAAUCAGGAGUCAAACAGUGCUAAUAAAGAUGCUACAGAUGGGAAAAAGGAGAUUGUCGAGAGAGGCAAUCCCCCAUCACAUAGAGAUCUGGGGAUUCACCAAGUGUCGGUCACGGAAGACCAAAACGCGAAGCAAUUGUUACCUGUUAUUCCAGUUCAUACAAGUCCCAUCACAUACACCAAGGACUAUAGAGAAGCAGAAGAGAGCCUACCAGAUGCUGCCAUGGACAUGGAGAAAGAAUUGGCAUCUCAGCCAGUGUGCAGUGCUCGUGUCACGCCACCAGCAUCUCUGUCAAGCUCGGCAGAAUCUCUGAGUUGUGAAGGUAUGGAUGUAGAUGGUGCCCCCUGUAAAGUGAGAAAUGAUGUCGGAUCUGACUUAGAUGAAGAAGGUAGCGAGAAUAAUGCCACGUUUCCAAUGUCUUUGGCCGAUGAUCGGGAUAAAUACCUUAUUUUUACGACAGGUUCUAAAACUUAUUCGCCUCAUCAGAUAGGCUUCAAAAGAAUAAAAACUUUCACUAUACCUACGUUUUUGGAUGCUGGGCCAGGCCUUCGGGAGAGGAUCCAGCAACAAAACCAUGAGAGAGAGUUAAGGAACUUAGGUCUAUUCCAGGAGCCAAAUUGGCUAGAUUACGAUUCUGUUGCUGACCGAUUUGAUGAAAUUGAUCACCUAAUUGAUCUGAAUGGACACAUUAUUGGUAUGGGACUUUCUCCUGAUCAUAGGUACUUAUAUGUCAACAGCAGACCAUGGCAAGCUAAUUGCGUCAUUGAUAAUCCCCUCAGUCCUCCAAGGAUUGCAGAAGGAAUAGAUCUGCACGUAAUUGACCUCACAACAUUAACUGAGGUUGGAACAAUGCUGCGAUCUCAUAAGGCAUACACACCCAAUGAUGAGUGCUUCUUUAUAUUUUUAGAUGUGUCACACCAAUUUGUUGCAAGUGGUGCAGAGGAUCGACAUGGGUACAUUUGGGAGAGACAUUAUGGUGUCUGUCUUGCCCGCCUUCCCCAUAAAGAUGUUGUGAAUGCAGUGGCAUUCAAUCCAAGAGAUCCAGAAAUGCUAGUUACCGUCAGCGACGACCAUAAGAUCAAGGUUUGGAGGUCAAGGAGAAGAGCCCGAAAGUUGCAUGUAGAUCUAGCCGAUGCAGAAAUUGCCAAAGAACUUAGAUUGAAAAGCCCACGUGGAGAUUCAAGUGUUGAGUGUUCAGAGUAUAUGAAUCAGUUGCACAUUGGUUGAGUUUUUGUUUAGAAAUAAAGUUGUACUUAAUGUUUG